CUCUUUCCUUCUCUCUCUCUCUCUCGAAUCGACUGCAGCAGCGAAAAUCGAAUCGGGAGCACCUUCGCGAGGAAGGGAAGGGAAGAAAAAUGGGUUUGCAGAGCCAGCUGAACGACGUCUCCUCCGACUCCAUCCCCCUCCUCCUCCUCGCCCUCGCCGCCACCUGCGUCGCCCACCUCCGCUCCUCCCUCUCCUGCCUCCUCCACUCCCUCGGCCUCCCCGCCCCCUCGACGCCCCCGACCUCGACCUCCACCCCGCCGCCCCCGCCCCCGACGGCGACGGCGGCGACGACGACGCCCGCUUCCUCUGCCCCUCUCGGCUCCAGCCUCGCCGGCCUGAUCGUCCUCGCCGAGCAGCUCAACCUCAACCGGCUCCUCUCCGACCGGUUCUCCGUCCAGGAAGGCGGCGGCGUCGGCGUCGGCGGCGGCACCUGCUCGGAGUGCUGUAUGGUGUGCCUGUGCGGGCUCGGGGAGGGGGACCGCGUGCGGCGGCUGCCGUGCCGACACGUGUUCCACAAGCGCUGCUUCGACGGAUGGCUCGAUCAGCUCAAGUUCGACUGCCCGGUGUGCCGGUCGAAGCUGGUCCCCGACGAGCGCGUGGAGCUCACCGCCCGGCGCGUGGGCGGGGACGUGGCGGCCUUCUUCUCCCCGCGGUGAGGCAGGCGCGCGCGCGCGUCGGUCGGUCGGUGGAGGGGAAAGAGCAGCGACGGUUGCUUCUCGUCGUCAUGAUUACGAUGAUUGAUGAUGAGGGCCGCUUCGGCAAAAUUUCCGUUCGUUUCUCUUUUCUUUUUUUUCCUUUCUUCUUUUGGGUAUUUGCAGUUUUGACCCUAGAUUAACUUCCGUGCCCCUUUUUUCUUUCCCUCGUUUUCUCCUGUUCUUGUUCAUUCCGUAGAUCGAUUUUCCCUUUUUUGUCAGUCAUGUCCUGCCACUGUGAUUUUUGAAGGGCUCGUUCGGAGAUCUUUUCGAACGUCGGUGUAAAUUAUCUGGAACGUGCUCCGCCUGUGAUAAAAGAAGGAAAAUAGGGAGGUAUAUCUUUUUUUGUA